AGUAAAUCCUAUGAGCAAACUUGGCCUUUGUUCAGCUACGUCCAUUACGCCAUGACGUCGGCCUUCCUACGACACAGCAAUAUUUUUUCUUUUCGAUUACCUCCCUCCUAUAUAAGGCCCCACUCACCUUGGAAUGUCUGACCCACAUCUUCACAACCUACUGACUCUAUAGACAACCUACUCUUCGAAUAAUUCAUCAUGAGAACCUCAACAUCGCUGAUCGCCCUGGGCGCCGCUGCUUCUGUCGCCACAGCUCAAAGCGUAUCUAUUCCCGACUUGACUUCUUCAGCACUCCGCCUCUUAUCUUCAAAUUGUCGGACCGCUGUGAAGGAGCUUAUCUCUCCUGACUCUCCUACAGGGCAAUGUCUCAACACCACUGCCGCUGAGUCUGUCCUUAACAGUAACGGUUCCAUUGUCCCUAGCGUCGAAAACUGGCUCGACAGCAUUUGCACUUCCAAUCCCUGCUCUAAUUCUACCCUUCAAAACGCCACUCAGACUAUUCUUUCUCAAUGCUCUACCGACUUGCAAAAGUUUGGUCUGACCAAUGAGACUGUCCAGAUCAUUGUUCAGUCUUAUCCUUUGGCUCGGGAAGUUGUCUGCUUGAAGACUACCGAUCCAUUCACCGGUAAUUCUUCUUCCGACAACUCUGGUUCCGGUGGUUCCGGUGGUGCCGCCAGCAGUGCCAGCAGCUGGGCUAGCUCUGACUGGAACAGUGCCGCUCCCACAUCUAGCAUGUGGUAUGACGCCGGUACUGACUCCAGUCCUUCUCCCACAUAUGCCCAAGAGUCUGCCUACAGACUAAUUCGCCGACAGGAUCAGGGUUCUGAUGCUUCUGCCACUUCUGACAUCGCCUCCUGGACCAGCUCAGCUGCUUCUCCCAGCAGCACCGCAUCUGGCUCUGAUAACUCCAGUUCCAACUCGACCGAAGGCACUUACUGUGUCACCUCUCUCCUUGAUGAGCUGUCUUCAUAUCUCGGUACAGAAUUGAGCCUGCGGGAAAUUGCUACCAUUGCUCUCGGUGGUAAUGCCACGGCUAUCCAGGACCUUGAAUCUAUCCCUCCUACUGCUCUCUGCAACGAGUGUAUCUUCGGUGCUCUUUCUCUUAUUGAGACCCAGUAUCCCGACGUAGGCACUUCCGUCUGGAUCGGUAACUCCACUCUCAACCAGUUCCUUGACACUACCUGCAACUCUACCGGCCUCGUAGUCUCUCAGAACGGCACUCUGCCCGAGAACGUAACCGCUUCUGCCUACAAUUCUUCCUUCCCUUACUCUUUCGUCAAUGGCACUUCUACCUACCUUCCCACCUCUACCGCUUCUACCGUCCCUAUCCAGUCCAUCAUUCCCCACCGUAACGUGACCAUUGGUCACCACACUAUUGGUUUCGGUAACGACACUUCUCCUAGCGCCACCUCUUCCGUCGUGUCCACUUCUGGUUCUCCUGUCAGCAGUCUUACUUCUACUGCUGCCGCUGUUACUUCCGCGGCUGCUUCUGCUGGCUCUGCUGCGACCUCUGCGGCUUCCAACCCCGCUGCAAUCAAGGCCCGAUGGAUGGGUCAGCAGUAGAUGAGUGCGGCGUCGUGUGUAUCGAGAUUCGAAAUUUGGAUGAGAUUUAGACGAAAAUUACACACGAUCAUUUGGUUAUCAACAUCAUUUAGUAUCGUUAGCCAGUUAUAAAUUAUUCAGUAUCAUUAGCCAGUUAUAAAAAAUAAAUGCCUCGGACAUCUGUAGCUAUUAGUAAAUUGUUGCGAGCGCCAUGCACAAAUGUAUUAUUGAC